GAACUGUGUCGAAUCUAGCCUAUCAUGUCGUCCAAUGUUAGCGACUCCAGCGACACCGACUCGACCAGUCCUCCUCCCCAGCCCAUUUUGACAGCGUGCCAGGACGAGCAAGUACUGUCUCUAGACCUCGAGGAGAAUGACUUCCUCUAUCGGGUGCGAAAGAAGAAUCGGGUUGUCUACGUUUGGGUCCUCGGUGAAGGCAUCAUACCUCCAGGUUAUAGGACUGAUAGCUAUCGGAUUCUUCUGUACCUACGAAGGGUCCCACGCUGGGAGGAAGAAUGGACAACACUCACAGUGCGAAACGGAACUCAUGGCCUCGAAAGCACGCUAGAAGAAUUCAAGCCACACGGAUUGAACCUGGCAAAGCUUGACAUUUCGACCGCCAAGUUCUACAAUCUUUCAAGCCUUACAAAAGUGUCGAGAAUCGGUGAUCGUCUCUCCUGUGUACGUGCUGACGACAACAACGAGAUAUGGGUUAUGAAGAUAGCGCGAUUCAAACAUGAGGUCCGCUAUCUGCAGCAGGAGGUAUCCAUCUAUUCCAUCCUAUCGUCCGCUGGCUUUCUACUCGCCCCCCGCUUUAUUGGAUACGUCUACGAGGGAACCAAGGAUCGUACAAUCGGCUUCCUCAUGGAGAUGAUUUCAGGCUAUCCGCCGGACAUACAGGAUCUGGAAGAAUGCAGAAGCUCUAUCCGCCUACUGCAUGCCAUCGGAAUCCUCCACGGAGACAUCAAUAAGUACAACUUCCUGAUAAAUGAGAAAGGUGCCCAGAUACUCGACUUUGAAGCCUCAGUUGCACUAGAGACCGUCGAUCCGACGGCAUCUCAGAAAGAGCUUGAUGGUCUCGAGGCCAAAUUGAGAGAUAAAUCAGGCGUUGGCAGAAAAUAGGCCCCGUGACAUGAUUGUUCGAACCUGAGAAUCUGAUCAGAGCCCGUUCUGCAGAUCUCAAUGAGGCAAGAUAGAGACUUACGCGUCAAAUUCCAUUCUUCUUAAGCGCUCUUCAAACACUUGCGACACAUGUGCAAAGUUUCCUUGGUAUCAAUAUGAUCAAUCUCCUUGCUGUUGCACCGCAGCUCUGGCUUGGCGAUAUGUUUGACACAUUUGACGAACUCGCCAGGUGCUGUAUGUCCGCAGCGAUAGCGAGUCUGCUCCUGAGUGCAACGAUCGUAUGACUUGGAGGCUUUAUCGGGCUCGGUAGCUUUUUCCAUGGCAAAGUCGAAAUGAGUAGCUUGAGGUUGCUUAUGAACAGAUUUGAG